GACAUCUUAGAUAUUGCUCUUGUUGUGAGUGAACAUUAUUAUUAUUGCUAGAGCUUAAGUAGGCAGAAAAUGCACCUCCGAAAGACUCUCCUGGGCACAUUGCUGUGGAUCGGUUUUCUGUUGAACCUUACUUGGGCACAAAAGGAGCUAAGACGUGAUGAAACCUAUCCACCUCCGGAGCUGCUGAAGGAACUACGGCCUGUUCACGAUUCCUGCGUUGCCAAGACGGGAGUGACAGAAGAGGCCAUUAAGGAGUUCAGCGAUGGGGAUGUACACGAGGACGAGUUGUUGAAGUGUUACAUGUACUGUGUGUUUGAAGAAACGGAUGUCUUGCAUGAGGACGGUGAAGUGCAUUUGGAGAAGAUACUGGACAAAUUACCGGAUUCGAUGCACGAAAUAGCUUUGCACAUGGGCAAGAGGUGUUUGUACCCCAAGGGCGAUAAUAAGUGCGAACGCGCGUUUUGGUUGCAUCGCUGCUGGAAGGAAUCGGAUCCAAAGCAUUAUUUUUUGAUCUAAAUAUGCGUCACUCUUGGUAUGAAACCCUGCUCUGUUUAAGGACACUCGUUCCAGAUAUUAGAUAUUAUUCAUAAGCAACAGACUUUUUAUGGUAGUUUUUUGGUUUUUAUUGAUUUUGAAAUAUAGCGUUGACGAACAUUCCAAAAACUAA